UUCUCGCCUCGUGUUUCGAUUCUCGCCUCGUGUUUGUCUGAUUAAUUCCGUCUCGCUCACGAGGCAGGGUCCUCGUCGUUUGAACAGGGGAGGCAGAUCCUAGCAGCAGCGGCAGAAGAGAAGGCAAGUGCGCGCUCGGUCGAGGCGGAGCAGCGGCAGCCUGCGCCGGCGCUGCGCGCCUGGCCCUUGUUUCGAUUCGCGCCUCGUGUUAUUGGAUUAAAGUCCGUCUCGAUCGCGAGAGGCAGGGUUUUUGUGGUUUGAAAAAGUUGCACGUUUUGUUGUUCUGUUGGUUUGGAGAAGAGGAGACGAGAAAAAGGCAGAAGGCCCCGCGGGCGUGAGGACCACCCCAGCCAUGACGGGAAGAUCAGUCGGCUGGCUGGCGCUUCACCGGGAGCCCCAUGCCGUUUUGUCAUUCCAAACAGAGCAGUUAGCAGCUAGUCGGGCUUUCCUUCGCAUGGCCACGUGGAAAUUCAGAAUUUCGAAGGUUCGGGAUUUUGCUCUAGAAAGGCGACGUCCAAAUAUAUAUGGACCCAAAUGCCUUCAGGGAAUCUGCAAUUGUAGGAAGGGUAGCAGCAAACUGUCCCCAACGGCAGCUGCAGUCGGAGGACCGCCACCUCAAGCAGGGCGAACUGUUGGUUUCCCCCAUCGCGCUACACCUUGUUUAUUUAAUUAACCUCCGGUCCUUGUGUCUGUCUCCGCUCUCGCCAUUUCUCCUGCCCCAAUUUUUCUGUUCCUUUUUGGCCCUCCCCCACGUAUACCACACCUCAUCACAGGAAGGGCCGCCAUCAUCACAAAACAGAGCACGACAGCCUCCCUCAUUACCAUGUCUCCUAAGUCUACCCCCAGCUGCUCGGUCUCGGCCUUGGCGGUGGCGAUGAUGGUGAUGAAUGCCUCAGCGGCGUCUGUUGACAUGGGUCGCGUCGCAAACGGAGCGGACGCUGAGGAGAGGUACUCCGCCGUGGACAAGGCGAUCACGUGGGGCUACCACGGUGGCCGCGCGUUGCAAGCCGGCUGGUGCACCGUGGUGUCCGAGAGCGACACGUACUGCUGCGGUUUCGGCGCUCAGGCCUCGUGCUUGGCCCGCAACCUUGAGUACAGCGGGGCCGAACUCCCAUGCGAGGUGCGGCUGAUAACUUCGGAAGACGGCACGGUCACUUGCGAGGGACUCUCGAAUCCGAGCGGCAACCUUGACAUCGAUUGCGACUGCGAAGACCUCGACUUGUUCACGGAGGCGCCCGCCACCGACGCCCCUUCCCCCACCCCGACCCCGACCGCCGCCGCCCCGACCGAGGAGGGCAUGACCCAGCCCCCCACCGAAGAGGGCGCGACCCAGCCUCCCACCGAAGAGAGCGCGACCCAGCCCCCCACCGAAGCGAGCGCGACCCAGCCCCCCACCGAAGCGAGCGCGACCCAGCCCCCCACCGAAGAGAGCGCGACCCAGCCCCCCACCGAAGAGAGCGCGACCCCGGCGCCUGCCGAUGCGGUGGUAUCGCCCGCCCCGUCGCCCGGUAGCCGCGGUGGCAGCUUCACGAUGGCUCCCGAUGCGACCAUGCCUCCCGGAGAGACCAGGGCUCCCGAGGCGACCAUGACCCCCGGGGAGACCAUGACCCCCGAGGAGACCAUGCCUCCCGGAGCGACCAUGGCCCCCGUCGCAACCAUCAUGCCCGGGGAGACCUUGCCUCCCGGAGAGACCAGCGCUCCCGAGGCGACCAUGACCCCCGGGGAGACCAUGGCUCCCGGAGCGACCAUGGCCCCCGUCGUAACCAUGAUGCCCGGGGAGACCAUGGCUCCCGGAGCGACCAUGGCUCCCGGAGCGACCAUGGCCCCCGGCGCAACCAUGAUCCCCGGGGAGACCAUGGCUCCCGGAGCGAUCAUGGCCCCCGGGGAGACCCCCGCGCCAUCUACCACCAGCCGCGCCGUCAGCUUCACGGCCAGCCCCACCAGCCGCGCCGUCAGCUCCACGGCCAGCCCCACCAGCACUGCGUCCGCUGCGCCGACCUCCUCCACCAUGGCCCCGACGGGCACCAUGAUGACCGUCACCCCCACCGCGUCCCCGAUGAUGGACACCGGCUCGCCCACCAUGGCCCCGACCGUGAUGCCCACCGCUAUGCCGUCGGCGGGUUCGCGCGGCAUCGAAGUUCCCUCCGCGGCGCCCUCCACGGCCCCGACGGGCAUGCCUACCAGCGUCUUGGAGAGGACGAUCGCUCCGGAGGCGAUCGUGGUCAGCGGGUCGUCCCGACCGUCAGCUUCCGUGAUUGCGACGGUGACGUGCGUGCUUGCCGUGGCCGUCGCCCGUGUCUUUGCAUAAGCGGCUCUCCACCGCCAGGAUGCAUUGAUGGAG